AUGGCAGAAGGCAAUUCCGAAAAAAAGCGAAGCCGCGUCUUCUUCGACAUCUCCAUCGGCAACAAGAAGGAGGGUCGGAUCACCUUCGAGCUGUACGAUGAUAUCGUACCCAAGACCGCAGAGAACUUCCGUGCUCUCUGCACUGGCGAGAAGGGCAUUGGAAAAUCUGGCAAGGAACUAUGCUACAAGGGAUCCAUUUUCCACCGAGUCAUCAAGCAAUUCAUGAUCCAAGGUGGAGACUUCACAGCAGGAAACGGCACAGGUGGAGAGUCGAUCUACGGCACCAAGUUCGACGAUGAAAACUUCCAACUUAAGCACGAGAAGCCAUUCUUGCUAUCUAUGGCCAAUGCUGGUCCAGGCACCAACGGCUCACAAUUCUUCAUCACCACGGUCCCUACCCCUCACCUGGACGGGAAGCAUGUCGUCUUCGGUGAAGUCUUAAGCGGCAAAUCGAUCGUGCGAAAAAUCGAGAACCUCCCCACGCAAAGCGACAAGCCUGUCAAGGACGUCACCAUCACGAAUUGCGGUGAGCUCAGCGGCGAGGAGGCCGAGCAAGCCUUACAGAAGGUCCCCGACGCGACUGGCGACCCUUACGAAGACUUCCCCGAGGACCAAACGGGCGAGCCUCUAACUGCGAGCGGCAUCGUCAAGAUCGCUACCGAUCUGAAGGGCUUUGGAAACACAGCGUUCAAGGCAGGGGAUCUGGAGCUGGGUCUGGAUAAGUAUCAGAAGGGUCUCCGCUACCUGAAUGAGGAUCCAAGCCUGGAUGGCGAGCCGCCGGAGACGAAGCAGGCCAUGGACGCCCUGCGCUUCACGCUGAAUUCCAACUCGGCUCUGCUGUCGAACAAACUGAAGGCCUAUGAUGAUGCGCUGCGAUCCGCAUCGGCUGCGUUGGAUGUGGCCAACAUCACGGACGCGGAGAAGGCAAAGGCUCUGUACCGCCGUGCGAUUGCGGAGAUCGGCCUGAAGGACGAGGAGGCUGCGUUGAAGGACUUGGAGGAGGCGAAUAAGCUGGUUCCGAAUGACCCCGCUGUCGUCAAGGAGUUGACGCAAGUCAAGAAGGCGGCGGCGGAGAGGCUAAAGAAGGAGAAGGCUGCUUAUAAGAAGUUCUUCUCUUGA